AUGGAGUGGCUUCAAGUCUUUGGAGUCCUGGCAUGUUUACUACUCUGCAGUGGAACUCUAACCUCGCCAAGCCCAGCACAGAAUCCCUCCUAUCUCAUAUCCGUCUCUGAAGUCCUGCGCUGUGGCGUUCCGACCACUUUAUCAGUCAGCGUUCUGGCAGAUUAUCCCAUCAAAGUCACGGCUGAACUCCUCCAUGGAAACAGCAGUGUGGCCCAAACAGAGAGCACCAUCCCAGCAGGCUCUACCAGACUGCUGGCUCUUCCGCCUGUCUUUUCUGAUGACAUGAGUUACUGGUAUCCAUAUCAGCUGGAUGUUAAGGGGUUUGUUGGAGCUAAUCAAGUGUUUUCCAACUCCACCACGAUGGUCUUCAGCCCCAAGUGCAUGUCCAUCUUUAUCCAGACCGACAAGAACAACUACCGACCAGGGCAGACGGUGAAAUUUCGGGUUGUAUCGGUUACACCUGAAGGAAAGCCGUCCAAGGGUCAGAUCGAUAUUUUCAUUAGGGAUCCCAAGGGGAAUAUGAUUCGACAGUGGCUGUCUGUGGAUGGUUUUCUAGGUGUUGUUUCGAAAGAGCUGAACCUCUCUCAGAACCCGCCGCUCGGCCUGUGGAAAAUUGUAGCUGGAAUCAAUGAUGUUGUACAUGAGAGAGAGUUCACUGUGGACUACUAUGCGCUGCCUAAAUUCGAGGUGAACGUGGACGUCCCCUCCGUCCUGCAUUAUGAAGACAUACUGACCGGGACGGUCACAGCCAAAUAUUUUUAUGGGAAGCCCGUCAGUGGGAUGAUGUCUGUCACAUAUUUUCACUUUUUUAAUGGGCUUAAUAAGCAUUACCAACUCAAAGAAACAAUUGACGGUUCUGCUGCUAUCACAUUUGAUGUGCCGUACUCCAAACGGUUAGGUGACCACACAUACUCAUAUUACGAUGGAUAUGGGCCCAGUGAAUAUGUGGACAUUAGUGUGAAUGUCACAGAUGUUACAGGGUUAACCUACAACAGCAGCGCGAGGGUUUCUAUUGUGAAGAAUAAAUACAAUCUGGAGUUUCUGCAGCAUCCGCAGAUCAUAAAACCCUCCACGACCUUCACUGCUCAGCUGAAGUUAAGCACCUAUGACAGCCGGCCACUGACAGCUGAAGAGCAGAGCAGAAGUGUGCGGCUGGCGGUGACCCAGCACAAGUUCAGCCCCUGGACGUGGACGUGGAACAACGACGAAUCCCUGGCACCUCGCAUGAUGAACAACACACCGGCGUCCAGCUUCUCUUCCAUUUACGAUAUUCCAAUUGAAAAUAUCGAUCUUCCUGUUACUGCUGAUGGCAUGAUGUCUUUUCAGAUUCACCUCUCUGACAGCGUUGCCACACUUGAUAUAGAGGCCCGGUUUAAAGAUACAGUCCAGGGUCUUCAGCUCUACAGGAGUUAUUCUUCACCAAGCAGAUCCUACAUACAGCUUCACAGAGACAGUGAGCCUCAGGUUGGACAGCCGCUGUAUUUGACUUUGGAGAGCAAUUUUAACCUGGCAGAAGUUCAAUACCUUGUGAUGUCCCGCGGUCAGGUGUUGGAUGCUGGGACGGUGCAUUCCUCCUCCUUCAGUCUGAACACAGAUCACUCUUGGACUCCAGUGGCUUGUGUGGUGGUGUACCACACGCUUCCAGACGGAGAGAUCGUGAAUGAUGCUCUGCAAGUUACUUUCACACAAGUCCUGAGAAACACAGUAUCUCUGAGCUGGAGUCAGGAUCAUGCCGAACCAGCAGAUUCUGUCUUUCUCUCUGCUUCUGUUUUCGAGGACGGGUCUCUGCUGGGAAUUCUGGUGGUGGACAAAGCAGCAUUGGACUCCAGCAAAGACAAUGGCAUUACAGAGAAGACGGUGCUGGAAGAAUUUAUGUCAUAUAGCAGAGAGAUGACCGAUACGGAUUACAGCAGCGUGAAAAUGGGAGAUCCGUAUUCCAUAUUCAUGACGUGCGGCGUCACGGUUCUGACUGAUGCCAUGCUGAAUCAGGAAAUUAAUCAGUUUUUCCCUGCGUUCCCAGGGGCGGAACUCUAUCUGAAUCAGCUGGGCAGCGAGGCUUUUCAGGAGCCCAGAAAGCGAAAAGACUUUCCUGAAACCUGGAUCUGGCUGGAUGCUAAUGUGAGCAAUUCUGUCUCGGAUUCCUUCCAUUUCACUGUGCCGGACAGCUUGACCUCUUGGGUGGCCUUUGCCAUCGUGAUGUCAGAGAAUAUGGGUUUGGGCAUCAGCGCUCCUGCAGAGCUGACUGUGUUCCGAGAUUUCUUUGUGUCACUGAAUCUCCCGGAAUUCCUGAUCCGUGGAGAACUGCUACUGCUGGAAGUCAAUUUAUUCAACUAUAUGGAUGCAGAUUUGGAGAUUUUUCUCUAGCCAGAGGGACUGGAGCAGUCGUUCACUCAAACCUUGUUUCUGGAGUUUCAACUGAAGCAGAAAACGCUGACUAGGACAAUGUCGUUUAGUUUUCCUCCAAAUGUGGUUCCUGACAGUCAAAGGGCCAGCGUGUCUGCUGUGGGUGACAUUCUGGGCCCAUCCAUUGACAAUCUGGACUCUCUAAUUGAGAUGCCUUAUGGUUGUGGUGAGCAGAACAUGAUCCAUUUUGCUCCGAAUAUUUAUGUUCUCCAGUACAUGAGAAGCACCAAGCAGAGCGAUGAACAGACCAGAAACAAAGCUAUGAGCUACAUGAUGGAAGCUUAUGAACGUGAGCUUUCUUACCAAAGGUUUGAUGGCUCCUUCAGUGCUUUUGGAGACAGUGAUGAUUCUGGCAGCACAUGGCUGUCAGCGUUCGUGCUCAGGUGUUUCCUCCAGGCUCAGGACUUCAUUUCCAUUGACCUGAUGGUGAUGCAGAGGACAGCAUAUUGGCUGCUGGCCCAUCAGAACCCUGACGGUUCGUUCAACGAGCCGGGUCGGGUCAUCCACACAGAGCUCCAGGGAGGACUGAAUGGGCCGGUGUCUCUCACAGCGUACGUCCUCAUAGCGCUUCUGGAGGACGCUGAAUACAGGAGUACAUAUGAAGGCAGCAUUUCUUCUGCUGUGAGUUUCCUGACAUCUCGACUGGCUCAGGGAAUCUCCAGUAACUACAGCCUGUCUUUAGUGACCUAUGCUCUGUCACUGGCAAACAGCACCGCCGGCCCAUCUGCCCUCACCGAGCUGUUGAACAGAGCACUAAUUGUUGAUGGAGUGCCAACCUGGAGAUCUCCAGCUAACGUCCUGUAUAAUUCCUGGCAGCCAAGUUCAUCAGAUAUUGAGAUGUCGGCCUACGUAUUGCUCGCCAUGCACAGACUCAAACUAAUGGAUGAAGGAUUCACUCUGGUGAAGUGGCUCAGUAAGCAAAGAAACCAUCAAGGGGGAUACGGAUCCACUCAGAAAUCUGUUUUAAGGCUGAGGGAGAACCAGGGCCUGAGACAGACGGGUAUGGCCAUACUGGACGUGGGUUUACUCUCGGGGUUCAGUUUGGCCCAAAACGGUGUCCAGCUAAAUGAUAUAGUCAGACGAGUAGAGACGCCUUCAGGACGAGUUAUACUUUAUUUAGACACGGUGACCACAGCGGAAAGGUGCGUUGAAAUAUCCACCAUCCAGGACUUUAAGGUGACCAAUGUCCAAGAUGCUGUGGUCAUGAUCUACGAUUACUAUGAGCCCCGACGGAGGACAGUGCGGUCCUACACAUCUGAGACAAGACAGGACAUGUCUGUGUGUUCGCUGUGUGGGCCGGAUUGCUCCGAGUGUGGGGUUCGAGACGUCUGGCCGACUGACAGGACGACGUCCAUUAACCAACAUCCACUUCUGGCUCUAAGUUUGACCACAGCACUUGUCAUCCUCCUGUCAAUCUACAACUAGUGUUUUUUCCUAAAUCAAAACCAUUGUAAUCAGUAACACAAUA